AUGGCCACCUCCACCGCGAAGCUCAUCUGUCUGAUAACAGGCGCAAACCAAGGCCUAGGUUUCGAAGCAGCCAAGGCCCUGGCGACGUCCCGCCGCGGGCCCAACGGGGAGGCCUACCACGUCCUGGUGGGCAGCCGCGACCUCGCAAAGGGCGAGACAGCCGCGGCCGCCAUCAACGCCAUCGGCGCCGGCACCGGCGGCUCCGCGGAGGCGAUCCAGCUGGACGUCACGGACGCGUCCUCGAUCGCCGCGGCGGCGGGAAAGGUCAGGACUGGCCACGGGCGCCUCGACGCGCUGGUCAACAACGCCGGCACGCUGUCGCAGGACCCGGCAGGGGUGGCCGCGGCGCUCAGGGCGGACCUCGAGGUCAACGUGCUCGGCGCCGCGGCCGUGACGGAGGCGUUCCUGCCCCUGCUCCUGGCGCCGAAGGCAGCGGGGGCAGACCCGCGCCUGGUGUUCGUGUCCAGCUCGAUGGGCUCCCUAACGGGGGCUGCUGACCCUUCCUCGCGGUACUACCGCUCCGUGCUGGGGACGAGCCCGCUCGAGUACCGGGUCAGCAAGGCGGCGCUGAACAUGCUUAUGCUCGAGUACUGGAAGCGGUACGGGGCGGAGCCGAGGGUUGCCGUCGAUGGGGUUGGUGUUGGCACCAAGGUGCGGGUGUGGAGCGCGGACCCCGGGGCGAACGCGACGGACUUCAUGGGGGAGGGCAAGGCUGAGCUGGCGAGGUCGAGGGGGAUUCAGGGCCCUGAGGAGGGGGCGAAGGUCCUUGUGGGCUGUGUCGUUGGGGAGAGGGAUGGGGAGGAGGGGAGGGUUGUUGGGGCUUAUGGUGUUGGGCCUUGGUAG